AUGACAACAAAGGCAGUGAACAUACUACAUUUUGUGCAUUACAAUCAAAAAUAUGGCUCAGUUGCUAAUGCUAUAAAUAAAGCCGAUGGACUGUUAGUGUUGGGCGUAUUAGCACAACUAAGCCAAACACCGAACCCGAACCUGAAUUUAUUGACCAAAGAGGUGACACAAAUAACGAAAUACAAGUCUACAACAACUAUACCAACUAAUAUACAUUUACGACUCAACAAUCUUAUACCAACAAACAGAAAUGAAAUAUUCAGAUACCAGGGCUCACUUACAACACCUCCCUGUUCUGAGACAGUGACCUGGAUAUUGAUUCACACACCCAUUACUAUUGGUAAAGAUCAGUUAAAUGCUUUUCGUGGUUUACAAGACAAUUCUGGCCAUAAGUUACUAACUAAUCGCCGAAAUAUUCACCCAUUGAAUGGACGCACAGUUUAUACAUCUAAACAAAAAUAA